AAUUUAGUUUAAAAACACAAACUUAAUUUUGUUCCUUUUGUGAUCCAAAUGUUUUGAUUUCUCAACGCAAUUUACAUGGUUAGACCUCGAUAAAUUAACCAUCUCUUUUAUGUUUAAUUAGUAUUUGCUAAGAGGCAAGAAUCUUUUCUGCCCGUGUAAGGAAUAUGAUGAGUUUUUCCAGUCUAGUCUCAUCAUCUGAUUUUUCACUGUUAUACCUCUUAAAUCAUCAGCUUAUUCAUUAUAUUUUUGUUAAACUAUUGAUUGUUGUGAGUAAAUUCUAUCAAAAACGAUCGAGUUUGUUGGAACUUCAAGUUUAAAUUGUGACUCAUUAGUUAUCCGACGGAUCUCAAAUUAUUUAUUUUUGUUUUGGAAGAAAUUUCAAAUAGUCAAGUCAUGUUGAGAGUUUCUUGUAGAGUUUUUUAUCAUCCGAAAGUUUCAUUCUCCAGUAAACCUUAUUACGAUGUUAUUGUGAUUGGAGGAGGACAUGCUGGAACAGAAGCUGCAUGGGCUGCUUCUAAUAUGUCCGCAACGACUUUACUUUUGUCUCAAAAGCUAUCGACAAUUGGUGAGAUGUCAUGUAACCCUUCGUUUGGUGGAAUCGGAAAAGGUCAUCUUCUUCGUGAAAUUGAUGCUUUAGAUGGCAUAUGUCCGAGAAUCUGUGACAUUUCUGGGAUGCAGUAUAAAUACCUAAAUCGACGUAAAGGUCCCGCUGUUUGGGGCCCUAGAGCCCAAAUUGAUAGAAAACUUUACAAAACCAAUCUUCAACGAGCAAUUUUCAAUAAACCCUAUUUACAUGUUAAAGCUGCAUCGGUUGAAGAUUUGAUUGUAGAAAAAAGUAAAGAUGGCGAAAAAUACAUCUGCAAAGGAGUCAUUACAUCAGAUGGACAAAAAAUCGAAAGCUCAUCGGUAAUUAUUACAACAGGAACCUUUCUUAGAGGCAUGAUAUUGCUUGGAUUGGAAAGAUUUCCAGCUGGUCGAAUGGGUGAUAAACCUUCGAUUGGUCUCGCUCAAACUUUGGAAAAACUCGGCUUGAAGAUGGGUCGAUUAAAAACUGGGACACCUCCAAGAUUAGACUUGAAGACUAUUGAUUUUUCCCGCUUAGAAUACACUCUAGGUGAUGAUCCACCUAAUCCUUUUUCGUUCCUGAACAAAAAAGUCUGGCUAUCGGCAUCUGAUCAAGUCAAAACUUAUUUAACCUACACAUCUCCCGAAACAGCUAAGGUUGUUCAAGAUAAUAUUCACCUUUCAAGGCACAUACAUGAAGAGAUAACUGGUGUUCGUUAUUGUCCUUCCAUAGAAGCAAAAGUUUUGAAGUAUCCUGAAAAUAGUCAUCAAAUUUGGCUUGAACAAGAAGGUUUCGACUGUGAUAUUGUGUAUCCCAAUGGUUUAGCACAAGGAUUUCCAUUUGAUGUACAGGCCAAAGUUAUUAACUCUAUUCCUGGUUUGGAAAAAACUCGACUCACUAGACCAGGCUACUCCAUUCAAUAUGAUCAUAUUGAUCCUCGUCAGUUGAAACCUUCAUUAGAAUUAUACAAAGUUUCCGGAUUAUUUCUUGCUGGUCAAAUAAAUGGUACAACUGGAUAUGAAGAGGCAGCUUCUCAAGGUAUUAUUGCUGGCAUUAAUGCAGCUUCUAAAGCACAAUCGAAAGAACCAUUCAUUGUUUCUCGGACAACUGGUUAUUUGGGGGUUUUAAUUGACGAUCUGACUACUCUUGGAGUGAUUGAGCCUUAUCGCAUGUUUACAGCUAGAGCAGAAUUCAGACUUUUCAUGCGUCCAGAUAAUGCUGAUUUACGUUUAACUGAGCAAGGUUAUAAACAAGGUUGUGUUUCACAAAAACGAUACGAAAUAUUUUCUGAAACUAAAGCUGAAAUUGAGCGCUGCAAGGAGUUACUGAAGAGUAUUAAAAGAAAAAGUAAAGAAUGGACUGAAUUAUUAGCUGACAAUAUCCUCUUCGCAUUUAGAGGAAACACAAAAAGUGCUUAUGAUAUUAUGAGAACGCCUGGUGUAUCAGACCAUUUGUUUGAGUUACUGAGAAAGGAAGGAAUCCAAAUAACAGAAGAUGAAAUUAUUUUACAAAGAGUAAAAAUUGAAGCUCAAUAUGAGAAGCUAUUAGAUAAGGAAAAAAGUCAGAUCGAGGAAGUAAAAAAGGAAGAACAAUUAAUAAUACCAGAGGAUUUCAAUUAUUCCGAUAGCAGACUUAGUUUACCUAACGAAGCUCGUGAGAUAUUAAGUAAACAUAGACCAGCAUCGAUUGCAAGUGCUUCUAGGAUUCCCGGGGUGAGAUACGCAGCUGUCACUGCUUUAGUUUAUUAUUUGCAAAAAUAUGUUGCAACUGAUAAAAAUGUUUAAAAAGUGAUCAUUCAAGUAAUUUAAAAAUUUCUCAAAGUAUAAAAAAAAUUAAAAAGAUAUUUUCGUUUAAGACAAA